CCAAGAGUUAUGGAGCACCAAUUGAGAUGGAAAGCUAUAAAUCAGCUUCUUUCGCUCUCGGUUUUAGUGUUUGGUUUCGAUUCUGAGAAUAAGACAAAAACAUACUACCAAUAGCCGCUUUUACAAAAUGUCAAACAAUUCUCUUUAUAUCAGAGCUGCUGCCGAUUAUCUGGAAUGGGAACCAUACAAUUACACACCUUCACUACCUGCUGCUAUUGUCUUUGCAAUCCUCUAUUCUAUUGUGACAUUGUUGCAGAUUGUGCAAAUAUUUAGGGCUCGUACCCAAUAUUUAUCUUCUAUUAGAAAGAAAAAGGGCUCAAUGGGUUUGCUAUACAUUUCCAUCCCUUUGGUUCUUGGAAGCAUCUUUGAAGUUAUUGGUUACAUUGGAAGAGCUAUCUCAAGUCAAGAUGAAGAAUCACUUGGCCCCUAUAUUAUACAAUCUAUUUUCUUAUUAGUUGCACCUGCUUUGUUCGCUGCUUCAAUUUAUAUGUAUUUUGGGAGAUGUGUUAAUCUUUUGGAUUCCAAAAAAUCAUGCUUAAUUUCAACAAGAUUCUUGACCAAAAUUUUCGUAAGUGGUGAUCUUAUUUCUUUCUUGAUGCAAGGUGGUGGUGGAGGUAUUAUGGCCAAAGGAACUCAAUCUGCUUCUGAUUUAGGUGAAAAUUUAAUCGUUGGUGGUUUAUUUGUACAAUUGGGUUUUUUCGGUAUUUUUAUGGUCAUAAGUUUGAUUUACUUUUAUAAAAUUGGCAAAAACCCAACAUCUAAAACAAUCGCUUUUAGAAAAAUGCCUUCAAAAUAUAGAAACUGGUAUAACUUUUAUGUCAUUUUGUAUAUCACUUCAAUCUUAAUCAUGAUUAGAUCUAUUGUUAGAGUUGUUGAAUUUAUUCAAGGUAGUGAUGGUGAAAUUCUUUCCAACGAAAUUUAUCUCUAUGUUUUUGAUGGUUUAAUGAUGUUAUUAGUUAUGAUCUUGUUUUAUUUAAUCAACACCUCAGGUAUCUUGUUGUUUUUAAAUGAUGAUUAUAAUAAUAUAAACACUUCUCUUAACAAUGCCAAUGACUUUAAUGAGGGUUCUAGUACCUAUAAUGAAGGUUAUGCUCUUAACAAUGUUAAAAUCUGAAUUAUCAAUCAUCAAAUAUCAAAUAUCAAAUGUCAAAUAUCAAAUGUCAAAUGUCAAAAUUUAAAAAAAUGAUCUUAAAAAUGAAUAAAAAUUAAAAUCCCAUUCAUAUUAAUAAUUUAAACAUACAACAUGAAAU